UAUAGCAUCUUAAUGACAGAAGGUAUCAUGUUCAAUAAGAAAUAAGAUGGCUGCUCCAAAUAAUCAUACUCAUUCUAUUUCUACAAACUUACAACCUGAAGAAUACAAGAUUGCAGCACUGGUCUUCUAUAGCUGUAUCUUCAUAAUUGGAUUAUUUGUGAAUGUAACUGCUCUCUGGGUCUUCAGUUGUAGCACCAAGAAGAGAACUACUGUAACUAUCUAUAUGAUGAAUGUAGCAUUAUUGGACAUAGUCUUUGUACUGUGCUUACCCUUUCGUAUGCUUUAUUAUGGGAAAGGUAAAUGGCUCUUUGGAGAGACUUUCUGUCACAUUCUUGGAGCUCUCACAAUGUUUUAUCCAAGUAUUGCCCUAUGGCUUCUUGCUUUUAUUAGUGCUGAUAGAUACAUGGCUAUUUUGCAGCCUAAACAUACCAAAGAACUUAAGAAUACAAGCAAAGCAGUGCUAGCUUGCAUUGGAAUUUGGAUAAUGACUCUUGCAACCACCACCCCUCUAUUAUUUUUAAAUGAAGAUCCAGAUAAAGGCUCAAACCCUGCCAGCUGCCUGAAAAUUUUUGACAUUAUCCACUUAAAAGCAAUUAACAUGCUGAACUUCACUCGUUUGAUUUUUUUUUUCUUGAUUCCAAUUUUCAUCAUGAUUGGAUGCUAUUCAUUCAUUAUUAAUAGUCUACUUCGUGGCCAAACUUCUAAGCUGAAACCAAAGGUCAAGGAAAAGUCCAUAAGAAUAAUUAUUACUCUGAUUAUACAAGUGCUUGUCUGCUUUGUCCCCUUUCACAUCUGUUUUGCUUUUCUAAUGCUACAAGAUGAGGAAAACAGAUACAAUCCAUGGAGCACCUUUACCACUUUCCUCAUGAAUCUCAGCACAUGCCUGGAUGUUAUACUCUAUUACAUUGUCUCAAAACAAUUUCAAGCUCGAGUCAUCAGUGUUAUGCUAUAUCGAAAUUAUCUUCGAAGUGUGCGCAGGAAGAGUUUUCGAUCAGGUAGUUUACGGUCACUGAGCAAUAUAAAUAGUGAAAUGAUAUGA